AUGUUUAAAGAGCGUGAGAAAAAAUUACUAGAAGUAGAAGGGCCUGUUGGCGCUGCAGAAGACAGCUGCUACAGGGAUGAAUCCAGCUACAUACCAACACGGCCUUCUCCUGACAACCACAACAAUGACGACGAGUAUACAUUUUGGCUGAACUAUGGCCAGAAGGCGGCCGACUGGCCAAUUGGUCAGCCCGUGCCCUUGCCGAAAUGGGGUAGUUCAAGGCCACCUCUUACGGUCAGCUCGAUUGAGGAAUAUGAAGAGCUGACCAGACAAUUUGAAAAUGAAGUACAGAUUUUACUUCAGGCAUAUAAUUAUGAUUCAACAACAAACUUCAUCAAAUUUUAUAAUGAAUACAAAAAUGGAAAAUGUGAUUCCUUGGAGAACUUCUUUAGGGAAUAUAAACCACCAUUAACUAAAAAUGCAAAUACCUGUGUUGGACUUGGUUUAUUAUUGAUUGGGAAAUUAGCAUUGUUGGAAAACAAAUUUCCUGGUGUUAAAAAUAGUCUUUAUUUAGUAUCUUGUGAGGAAUCUAUAGAGAGUCAUGAGGGAUACAUAAGUAAUGACUACCCAGACCCAUGGGUAAGUGAUAAAGAACAUGUUAUGGUUGCUAUGCAAAUUGAAAUCAACGGUCGUGGUGGUGUGAUAUUGCUGGAUCCAGGUUAUCAAAUUGGUAGAGUCAUAACUGUAAUGAUUGAUCAACAAUAUCCUCAUACUGGUCGUUUUGUGCCGUCAUCUUGUCCGCAAAAAGAGUACUGUUAUCAAACAAUGGUUGGUGAAAAGUAUGUGCAAUGGUCUGUAUGGAAUGGAUCACCAAAACCAGAAACCAACCUGGUAUAUAUAGGGGCGUCUUAUCAUUCACCGGUGUCUGUCACCGAACGUCGAAAUUUAGUUUACAACUUUAGAAGCUUAUUGGCCACCGAUAGAAAAGGUCACUUGUUGGCUGGUGUCUAUUUUAAAGCAGCACUACAGUCCACAUUCACAUUGUUUUGCGAUGAUGACCAGGAUUCAACAAUUAAACACCGAAUUAAAGUUCCAUCUGCUAAAUUUAUUACUUUAAAUGAAGUUGACAACGAUGUCGAGAAGAUAUUAGAUACAUGUAGUAAACAUCUUAAGAUGACUAAGGUUCAGUUUUGUAAUGUAUUAUCUGCACUAGCAAAAAUAUUAGAAGACAAAGAUUUUCUCGAUCAAAUGUGCAAAAUUAACGAUGAUAUAUACAAACUGGGAGUUGAUGAAAAUAACAAUAAUGAAGGCGCUAAUAAUUAUAAUUUAUCCGGUUAAUUUAGCAUUCACAAUUAUAUAAAAAAAUUUUUUUCUUUUAAAUAUUUUACUAAAUUAUAAUUUUCAUAAGUGUUAUUAGAUAGAAUAUUUUCUAGUUAAAUAUUAUACAGUAAUUUUUUUUUUCAUUAUAUUAUUAUUUAAGAACUAGACAUUUUAGUUGUACUUACGGACAUGGAUAAAAAUUUGAUGUGAAAAUAAAUAUUUUUUUUUGUUUGAACAAA